GCUAUUAGUAAUCCAGGGUGGAGAGCUACACUAAGCUCCAGGCUACAUUCAAGCAGCGAAAGGGAAAAGGAGAUCCACCCAUACUUCACCGAGAUCGAGCUUUCCGUCCGCUCACCGAUCACGAUGAUGUCGUCCUGGCUGCCAUUUUUGGCAGACGUCCUGAUCGCCUCUUCGCAGGAGGAAACAAUAAUGUCAGGACAGACAUUUUCAAACAAGCACGGUGACAGUCAAUCAGUUCACCAUCACUACCAUCAGAAGAGCGGACACCGAAAGCCCUUGUGCUAUUCUCCGGAAGGUUUUGGACCCAUCUCCAAGAUCAGGCAGUUCGACUUGACUCCGUGCUUUGAAAGCGCGGCGGUGUUACCGCUACCGCUCGUCAUCUUACUCGUAGCCGGGAUCUGGGAUGUCGUUCGAGUUGGGAGGAAAGGACCGAGGCGGAAAAGAACAGGAUGGAGCAAGGCUAGGUUGUGGAUGAAGAUGAUCUUCCUGAUCAUCUCAUUCAUGACAGCCGUAAUUCAUCUCGUACUCGUGCUCGUCCAUACUCCUCAUGCCUUCAAGGAUAUCAUCACCCUUCCCUCCCUGCUUCACCUUUUGGCCAUCCCGGUACUCGCCGCCCUGUCCUGGUUCAAUCACCUCCACUCGCUCCGGUCUUCCUCGAUCAUCCUCCUGUUCUGGCCUGUAUACCUAGUUGCCCUCGCAGCUGCCAUCCGAACUCGAUUCUCCAUGCUCCACCAGGACCGCUCUACCCCGCUUUACGGCUCUAGUUACGUCUAUGGGGCUUGGAACAGGACAGGCAAAGCGAGUUUCGCGCUCUUUGCCUGCAGCAUCGGAUUUGGAGUGAUGGCUUGGAUUGUGGAUAUCUUUGGGCCCGAGCAGGGUGGAAUCAAAAUUGGGGAAGAGGUGGAUUAUGGCAAUGGCAAAGGGAAUCCUUCCAAAAACGUCAAGGGAAGGACGAGGUCGAGAUCUAGGUCCAGGUCUGGAGGAUAUCAGGGUGUUUCAAGCGACGACGACCACGUCAUCGCCGAGGAGAGUGGAGAGGAUGAUGGCCAGGAAGAUCGGUCCGCCAAGAGGACUCUCGGAGAAAAGAUCGCCUUAGAGCACGCCGAAAGUCCUGUGUUGAAGGCCAACAUUUACUCUCGCUUGACGUUCGGAUUCCUGACCCCCCUUAUGCGACUCGGGGCCCGACGAUAUAUCGAAGAGGACGACAUGUGGCCUCUUCCCCCCAGCGAUUCUGCCGAGGCUUUGAACGCACGACUGAAGGCUUCCUGGCAACAGCAGCUUUCAUACGUCGCAGCAGGUCAGAAGAAGACCCCAUCAUUGAAGAUCGCCCUUUUCAAGGCCUUCGGAGGACCUUUCGUCGUGGCUGGAUGCUUGAAGGCUACCUACGACAUGCUCUCGUUCUUGCAACCUCAGCUCUUGCGCUUACUAUUGAGCUUUGUGCAGUCUUAUGCGACGACCGACAAGAAGGAACACUCGCAGCCUCAACCUGCCAUCCAAGGCUUUGUCAUCGCGUUUGGCAUGUUCGCUUGUGCCAAUCUGGCGACCUUCCUCUUGCAUCAAUACUUUGAGCGGGCCUUCGAGAGCACAAUGCGAGUCAGAUCAGCCUUGGCUAUGCUCAUUUACCAGAAGAGUCUUGUCCUAAGCAAUGGGGAGAAGGGUGGCAGGACCACAGGGGAUAUCGUCAACCUUCAGAGCGUUGAUACGGUCCGGAUCGCCGAUCUAUUGACGUACCUGCAUAUCGCUUGGAGCGGUCCUUUCCAGAUCAUCAUCGCAUUUGUCUCGCUUUACAAUCUGCUCGGAUGGCAAGCAUUCGUUGGAGUUGGAAUCAUGGUCGUCAGUUUGCCCGUCAACGCGAUGAUCGCUCGGCGACAAAAGAGGUUGCAGAAGGAGCAGAUGCGCAACAAGGAUAAGCGGACUCGACUGAUGAACGAGGUGCUCAGCAAUAUCAAAAGCAUCAAGUUGUACGGGUGGGAAUCGGCGUUUUCGGCAAAAGUUUUGGACGUCAGGAACAAUCAGGAAUUGACGAUGCUUAAGAAGAUCGGAUACAACAACUCCAUGAGCUUCUUCUUUUGGUCCUCCACUCCCUUUCUGGUCGCACUCGGCACGUUCGCGACCUAUGCUUUGACUAGCCCGCACCCUCUCACCUCGGACAAGAUCUUUCCGGCUAUAUCGCUCUUUGGCCUGCUCGCCUUCCCGCUCGGAGUUUUCUCAAACAUCAUCAGCUCCAUUAUCGAGGCAACUGUCUCGGUUACCCGUCUCGAAAGCUACCUAGUAGCUAAGGAGCUGCAAAAAGACGCCCGCACAAUCAUUCGCCCCGAUGCAAGCAACGGUUAUGACACCCCUCGACGAGGACAAGAAGUCGUCAAGAUUGAGAAUGGGGAAUUCGGAUGGUCCGACGAGCAGGGCGCUCAGCCUACACUGCAACAGAUUGACCUCACUGUCAACAAGGGCGAGUUGGUUGCUGUGCUUGGACGAGUUGGCGACGGCAAAACUUCGCUUUUGUCAUGCAUUCUGGGCGAGAUGAGGCGGACCGACGGGUCUGUUACCGUCCGAGGGGACAUAGCGUAUUUCAACCAGAACGCCUUCAUUCUGUCUGCAAGUAUCAAAGACAACAUUAUCUUUGGUACCAAAUUCGACAGGGCGUUUUACGAAAAAGUUUUGGAUGCUUGUGCCUUGCGCCCGGACCUUGCGAUCAUGUCCGAGGGAGACGCGACCCAGGUCGGUGAGAAGGGCGUCUCCCUGAGUGGAGGUCAAAAGGCCCGAAUCAGCUUGGCUCGAUGUGUUUACGCCCGAGCGGACCUAUAUCUUCUGGAUGAUCCUCUCUCAGCGGUUGAUGCGCAUGUCGGUAAACACGUUUGGGAUAACGUCUUUGGCGCACAGGGUCUGCUCAGUUCGAAAGCACGAAUCUUGUGCACCAACGCUAUCACGUGGCUGCCUUCUGUAGAUAAGAUCGUAAUGUUACGCCGGGGCAUCAUUCUGGAAACUAGCUCGUACAGCGAGGCAAUGGCCAAUCCCAACAGCGAGAUUGCCAAGCUGGUCAAUGCCAUGGGUAAUCAGCCAGAAGAGGACCGCAAGGAAGAAGAAUCGACCGAGUCACCUGAAUUGAUUGAGGAUGUUCCCGAUGAGGGCGACGACAAUACCAGCGAGCACGAGCAAGACGCUGCCAGGAUCCCGAAGAUGGACAGGCGAAUGUCGAUCGCGACCAUGAGGCGGGCAUCCGUUCUGAGCACGCGAGCCGCCAAGAUUGAAGCCGUCCGAGACUUGAAGGAAGACUCGCGGCCAAAGGAAACCAGAGAAAAAGGAGCUGUCAACCGACAAGUCUAUCGCGACUACAUCGCUGCGGCCAGUCGUUUUGGUGUGGCCUCAUUUUUCCUCUGCAUCCUCGGAGCUCAAGCGACGUCGAUUGCGGGCAACUUGAUCUUGCGGUACUGGGCUCAAGCCAACAACGCCGAGGGCACCAACCAGAACACCGCGACCUACCUGCUGUGGUACGGAUGUAUCGGCGUUUUGUCUUCUGUCCUGUCGGUCGCGGCUACGCUGCUACUGCAAGUCCUCUGCGCCAUCCGUUGUUCCAAGGAGAUGCACGACAAGAGUUUCGCCGCACUCAUGCGGUCGCCUAUGAACUUCUUUGAACAGACGCCCCAAGGACGAAUUUUGAAUAUAUUUACGCGAGAUAUGCACACCAUCGAUGAAGUGCUCGUUAGGGUAUUCAGCGGAUUCUUCAGGACGAUGACUUCCGUUCUUGGCGUCGUCGGUGUCAUUGCCAUCGGAGCUCCCUGGGUGCUUGUUGCCGUCCUACCUCUCGCCUUCGUUUACCGUUCGAUCAUGCGAUACUAUCUCGCUACAUCGCGAGAGCUGAAACGGUUGGAUGCAGUAUCGCGAGCCCCCAUCUUUUCUUGGCUCAACGAAUCCCUUUCGGGUGCUCCAAUUGUACGAGCCUUCAAUCAAGUUCAGCGAUUCAGCUCCGCAAAUGAGGCUCGUCUCGAUCGCAACCAGCACUGUUUCAUGCCCGCAAUGAAUGUCAAUCGAUGGCUAGCGGUUCGAUUGGAAAGCCUCGGAUCCUUCUUGAUCUUGGCCGCCGCUCUCGCUUCAGUACUCUCUGUCGUCAUUGGCAAGGGCAAGGUCGACAGUGGUCUCACUGGAAUCAUUCUGGUAUACGUCUCGAACGUUAGCGGCGCUUUCGGAUGGGCCGUUCGAAGCGCCAGCGAUGUCGAAAGCAACAUCACCAGUGUUGAGCGUGUCCUUGGCUACACCCAUCUGACGCCCGAGGCGCCGUAUGAGAUCGAAGAAAACAAGCCGGCUGCUUCCUGGCCGCGAGAAGGCACCAUCACCUUCAAGAACUACACCGCUAGGUACCGUCCGGAGUUGAACCCGUCACUGCGCGAUGUCAACCUCCACAUCAAGGGAGGUGAUACGAUCGGAAUUUGCGGAAGGACUGGAGCCGGUAAAUCGACGAUCACCCUUGCGUUGUUCCGAAUCAUCGAGCCAUCGGGAGGCCAGAUCUUUAUCGACGGCGUGGACAUCACCACCAUCGGACUGAAGGAUCUCAGACACGCCAUAUCCAUCAUCCCGCAAGAUCCUCAGCUCUUCGAAGGAACCGUCCGUGGCAAUGUCGAUCCAGUUGGUGAUCAUAGCGACGCCGACAUCUGGCACGCCCUCGAACAGAGCUACUUGAAAGACUUUGUCCAGAAUCAGCUCGGUGGACUCGAUGCUCCGGUAGCCGAAGGUGGAAGCAACUUCUCAUCUGGACAGAGGCAGCUCGUUUGCUUUGCUAGAGCGCUUCUGAGAGAGACUAGGAUUUUGGUGCUUGAUGAGGCUACCUCGAGUAUCGAUCUGGAAACGGACGAGGCGGUCCAACAGAUCCUUAGGGGCAAGGCUUUCGACCAUGUCACAAAGCUCAUUAUCGCUCAUCGAUUAGGCAGCAUCGCUCACUCGGACAAGAUAUUGGUUCUCGAACAAGGUUCGGUGGCCGAGUACGACAGCCCUGCGACUCUUCUCGAGAAUCCUGAGUCGUUGUAUGCCUCGCUCGUCGGACAGGCCAAGUCGGCGUGAAUAUCA